CGGGUUUUUGGUGGUAUAUAAAGCCGCGGAGGGAGGCCCCGCCCCUUUUCCAGUGUAGCGGAGCCGCCAUGGACACGAGCCGCGUGCAGCCCAUCAAGCUGGCAAGGGUGACCAAGGUGCUGGGCCGGACCGGGUCCCAGGGGCAGUGCACGCAGGUGCGCGUGGAGUUCAUGGACGACACGAGCCGCUCCAUCAUCCGCAACGUGAAGGGACCCGUGCGGGAGGGUGACGUCCUCACCUUGCUGGAGUCGGAGCGAGAGGCCCGGCGGCUGCGCUGAGCCAUGGCACCGCUGCCCCGGUUGGUGCCAGUGCGAGUCACCUCAUGGCAAUAAAGGGUUUCACAGUA